AUGGCCACCAACAACAAAGACAAAAUUCUCCUGGCCAUCGAUGAGCUAGCAGUUAUGAUUGGUUUGCUGAAAGAUUACGACAAGCCUGAGCACAAGGAAAAGUCCAAAGACUCUCCCGAGGUUCGCCUCAAACGGAAGAAAGACUUCGCCGAAGCGAUACACGCAAAGGUCAAGGAUCUGGUAGCUCUGGCUGAUGCCGACAGCAAGGCAAUCAACGACGAUCUUUUGGCACAGGGGCUGCCCGCCAACCUCCUCGACUUGAAACUUGGUUAA